UCUCUAUGAGUCAAAACGUGAAUCAUGUGGACUCUGAGCUGUGGAGAUUCCUGGAGCAAGUGGAGUCAACCGAGACUGCGGAAUCGACUGGGACUGAUCAUACGAAGUUUGCCUACCUGAGAUUACCUCCAAACAUGCCUCUUCACCCAAGAAUCCAUGGAGUGCCCUGUGUGCCCACAGAAAUUCUAAAGUAUCUCUUCAGAUUCAUAGAUAAACGGUACUAACAUGAAGAUGAAAAGAAUCUCCGUCACUGGGAUUCCCUGAAUCGAUCGCUAACGGAAUGGUAUCGAAGGCGAUUCGUUUCACCCUGGGCUUCUGCCUCGUGAUCGGAGGGAUUUCCUUGCCCCAUGUGAGUGGGUGGGAACGAGAGGCAAUAUUGGAUCCAUUGGGCAAGGUGCACUUGGCAUGGACGCCUCAUCUCGAAACCAAGGUCAUCGAGUUUGAAUACACCGUCCAGACACUGGGAUGGGUGGGAUUGGGAUUCUCUCCUACGGGAGGGAUGCUCAAUUCCGACGUCAUCACGGCUUGGAUCAAGGACGGACGAGUUUUCUUCAACGAUAGACACGUACCCGUGGAGCAUGAACUUCCGAGAGUAGACGAUGUGUCCAAUUAUAAUCUGAUAUCUGCUGUGGAAACGAACGCAACAACGAUCAUUCGAUUCACGAGGGAAUUCGACACCUGCGACCUCGAACAGGACUUCCACAUCACGGGAGAUACGGUGAAAGUGAUAUAUGCGUUCGGGGAUACAGAUCCAGAUGGAGAGGAUCCAUUUUAUCACGGAAGCGACAACAGGGGAACGAAAUCCUUGUAUCUACUCGACCCGCCACUAGGAAUGGAUCGUGAGCAGCGAAAUGGUUAUUCCGACAUUGGAUACCACAUAUUGGUGCACCAUCCAAAAGACACCCGAAGUAGACGUCACGCACCACAUCAUCGGCGUGAGUUUAAGAGAAUCUCUCCACUUGCCACAUUGUGGAAAUGCUUAUCAGAUCCGAGAUUCAUUCUCGUCUGCGACCAGUACAAGCCGUACGUGAAGCCAGGGAACGAGAAGUACGUGCAUCACUUGCUCAUGUACGCCUGCAGCAUCCCGGAUGAGCUGGUGGACGUGUUCAACUCGUGGGCGGAGCAUGACGGGGUCCUGUGCUACGGUCCUGAUCACCCACAGGAAUGGAAUCAAUGUCGGAGUGUCCUCAUCGCGUGGGCCGUCGGCGGUGAGGAUGACUCCGGCCUCACCGUCUACUACACGGACGUCCUUCGACCCCUGGAAAUGGCAACCCUGGGAGUCGGCUCCAGCCUCCAUCCCGCGUCGAGCAAUAGAGUCUAUUGGGGUCCUUCUGUUUCGGUAUUCAUGAAUGUCGGCCUGUGCAACCCCAAAUGUACCGAAAUCGCCUUCCCACCCGAAGGGAUUCACAUCUUCUCCGGCUUUCUCCAUUCUCAUUUGCUCGGAAAGAGAAUGCGAGUCCGGGUGUUCCGAAAAGGCGAGGAAUUGCCCUGGCUGCAAAAUGACGACAAUUAUGACUUCGAUUAUCAACAGGUCCGAGUCUUUCGAGAACACAUCACCCUUUAUCCUGGAGAUCAACUCAUCAUGGAAUGCGACUAUGAUUCGUCGAAUCGGGACUCGGUGACCGUGAGUGGUUUCGGAACAACGGAAGAGAUGUGCAUGGGUUUCUUCCAGUAUUACCCUGCCAUGAACUUUCCUGUCUGCAUGAGUUACCCCCAUUUCGAGAGCAUCUUCUCUCUGUUCGGCAUCACUGACGUCUGGCUCGACCCGGAUGGAGGCUAUGAAUACAUGGUGUCGGAGGACCAGACCCUGGUGGACUAUCUGAACGAGUUUGACUGGUCGGGCAUCAACAUGGAAGGCUUCCAACAUCUCCUUCGUUACGAACCUCAUUAUACGCUAUGCUUCAACAAUCAGGGGGAUCUCACCGUCGGAGUCGUCGACGGAAUGGCGUCCGAGAAGACUCGCCUGAUCCUCUGUCUUGUGGCGAUUUCAUCUGCGAGAGGCUGGGAGCGAGAGGCAAUAUUGGAUCCAGCGGGCAAGGUGCAUCUGGCAUGGACGCCUCACGCCGACUCCAAGGUCAUCGAGUUUCGAUUCGCCGUCCAGACGCUGGGAUGGGUGGGGUUGGGAUUCUCUUCGAACGGAGGGAUGCGGGAUUCCGACGUCGUCACGGCUUGGGUCAAGGACGGGAAAGUCUUCUUCACCGAUAGGCAUGUGGGGUCGGCCUACGAGGUCCCGAAAGUGGACAACGUUUCCAACUACAACUUGGUAUCUGCCACGGAAAAUGCGACGGCGACCGUCGUUCGCUUCACGAGGGAAUUCGACACCUGCGACCUCGAUCGGGAUUUUUACAUCACGGACGGCACGGUCCACGUGAUAUACGCCUACGGGGAUUCGGACCCGCAGGGAGACGAUCCGUAUUAUCACGGACGCGACAAGAGGGGAUCGAAGUCCCUGUAUUUGCUCGAUCCGUCGUCUGGCGGCUUCUGCCAUCAGUUGGCAGCCAUGUCUCCGAUCGAACGAGCAACUCUUCGCCCCAUCGUCUACUACGAGUUCCUCCAAGGACACUCUGCGAGAGCCUCCACGGACAACAUCUGCGCUGCAUUCGAGGGCAACGUCGUCCACUAUUCCACGGUGUCUCGAUGGUCGAAACGCUUGGAAUCUGGCGACACGACCUUCGGAGAUCGACCACGCUCAGGACGUCCAUCUACGUACAAGGCAAACGUGAAACCGGGAAACGAGAAGUACGUGCACCACCUGCUCCUGUACGCCUGCAGCGUGCCAUCCGAGCUGGUGGCGAAGUUCGACUCGUGGACGAGACGAGGCGGGCACUUGUGCUACGGACGGGAUCAUCCCAGAGAAUGGAGGCUGUGUCGCAGCGUCCUUGUCGCCUGGGCUGUCGGCGGUGAGGGAGAGACCUAUCCCGAGAACGUGGGCUACGUCAUUCCCGAGGGAGGAAUCUUCUUCAUGAUGGAAAUGCAUUACGACAACCCCGAAAAGGUGUCUGGAGUUCAAGAUAGUUCCGGCCUCAUCGUCUAUUACACGGACGUUCUUCGACCGCUGGAAAUGGCCAACUUGGAAAUCGGCGCCUUCGUCGGCCCCACACAGGCAAGUCGAAAUAAUACGAGACAGAGCGCCUUCGUGAACGUCGGUCACUGCAGCUCCAAGUGCACGGAGGCCUCCUUCCCGCCCGAAGGGAUCCACGUCUUCUCGGGCCUCCUCCAUUCGCAUCUGAUCGAAUGUUACUACGAUUCUUCGAACCGGACUUCAGUGACCGUGGGUGGUUUCGGAACCCAGGAGGAAAUGUGUCUGGGAUUCUUUCAGUAUUAUCCGGCCCAGAAUCUCGCCGCUUGCCUCAGCCUCCCAAAAUACGAAGACAUGUUCGCGUUCAUCCGCCUUAACAACGUCUAUCUCGACCAGGAAAACGGCUACAAGUACUGGGCGUCGAAGAACCAGAAGAACCAGAAGAACCAGACCCUGGUGGAUUACCUCGACCGGCUGAACUGGUCGCACGACGACAUCGAGAGCCUGCAGCGUCUCCUUCGCGACCACCCUCAUAAUGCGCUGUGCACGGGCAACAAUGGCACUCACAUCCUCGCCAUAUUAUACUACGAAAGAUUCCAGGGGAAUCCGACUGCGACGACGUAUCGACUGGAGGGAAGACGGGGCUUCCAGGCGCCGAUCAUCACCGUUUGCCGGACGCCAUCGUUCAAGAGGGAAGAAAACUUCAAUUUCAUCGCCAACAGCACGAUGAAAUUCUCUUCGUUGAUCGAACAACUUGGCUUCUCCCCUCGCGAGGUCAUCGAUGGGUGUCUGCUCAAUCGAAAAGUUUUCUGCACGCCAGAUAAUGAGUAUCUAGAAGGGGAUAUCCUCCACACUCCGGGUGGGGUAUGGAGACAUAGAAUUACUUACAGCCGGGAGAAGUCUUGGAAGACUGCCUUCUUGGACAGCUGCUUCUCCUUCCAUCCGAACGCCAGCACUGGAGUGGGGGGAGAUCUGUCGGGCUACCUCCUGUCCUUCUCGCAGCCGAGCGACGUCGAGUCCAAAGCGACAUCUUGGGAGGUUUACGUGCAUCAGGAUCUGAAGUGGGCCUCCAUGCACCUGGCGGCUUCGUAUGCGAGGAUCAGGGUCGCGCCUGGCACCUACAAUCAAGUCGUCUUGUCGUCGAAGGAGGUUCAACAAAUGGAUACGGAGUCCUAUCCGUGUGAGGCGAGACUGAAUUACAGUCAAGAUCAGUGCUGGGACGAGUGUCUGUGGAAGGCAGCGGUGGAGUGGGCAAAGCUGCGAUGCCAACUCCCAAACAUGAACCUAGGCCUGCCGAUCUGCGAGUCCGUGUCAUCCGUUUUCCUGCUGGCCAAAGGCUGCAAGGACCACAACGAAGAGGUCGCCUCUCUCCCCAACUGCUCCUGCCCGCCGCCUUGCCAUUCCACCCGGUACGACGUGCAGAUCCGGCCGACCGAGACGAGAUCGCUCAUCGAGACCGAUGCGUUACUCGCGAUCUACUUCCCGCGGGGUGUGGCCGAAGUCCUGAUCGAGAAUCCGGCCUACGAUCUGGCACAGAUGAUUGGCGAAUUCGGUGGUUGCCUCGGCAUGUUCCUUGGCAUCUCCCUCGUCAAUAUCUUCGAGCUCGUCGAAAAUUUCAUCAAGUCCAGGAUCGAAACAGGUGUCGUUGCUCCCAAGACUUAG